AUGUUCCAUACCUUCGAGGCUGCUAAGGACUCGUAUCCUGAGCAAAAUGAGGUACCAGGAGCGGCCGGGAAGAGGCGUUCUAUAAUUGUACGAGCAUGUGAGCCAUGUCGGAGUAGGAAGAUUCGAUGCAAUGGAGAGCACCCAUGCGAGACCUGUCAAUGGUAUCGGAAAGCAGAAAUAUGCCACUACACAGAGCCACGGCAGAGACAGAUGCGAUCCAAACGCUCGGUUGAGAAAAUCUCUGCUACGCUUCAAGAGUACCGAGCAAUCCUGCAGAAGCUAUUUCCAUCCGUUCAUCCAGAUAUGCUUGCUGGACUACCGCACGAGAAACUCAUUGAGAUGAUUACGAAGAACAGUCCGCUUAAUGAGCCACUUUCUCCAAUACCUCCGAGCCUGGACGAGAGACAACCGCCAAUCAAUCCCGAUGCCGGAAGCCUCGAAGCUCUCCAGACGAUGCCCGAGGAGGCCGGCGAUAAUAGCGAAUAUAGAUCGGGUGGUGUUCCCGGCAUUACUGACGAUGUGAACGCCCUCUCUCUGUCUAUCAAGAAGUCGUCUUCCUAUCUGGGCAUAUCUUCAGUAACGGCGGUGCUUCGUGUCAUCGUAUGGUUGGACCCAGAGUCACAGUCCUUUUUUGCGAAGACGCCAGAUCGGAGUGCAAUGGCCAGUAGGCAGCGUUCCCCACUACAAGAAGCGAUCGAACAUGAACACAAGCCACAGCCUAAGGGUUCUUCCUCUUCAGCCUGGGAUGAAAUACCCCUUAUCAAUGCUUACUUUACCUAUGUUCAUACCUUCGUGCCGUUGAUUGAUGAGCAAACGUUUCGAGACACAUACAUUACUGGCAGCCGCUCAGACGACCGCUGGCUUCUCCUUCUCAACACUGUCUUGGCCAUGGGAAGCGUUGCGGCGUCCACCUCGGAGGAUGUCGGUCAUCGCAUCUACUACCAUCGAGCCAAGCAGUUCCUCACCCUCGAUUGCUUGGGUACGGCGCAUCUGGAGGUAAUCCAGGCUUUGGCUAUACUGGGCGGAUUCUACCUGCACUACGUUCAGCAGCCGACCUUGGCCAACAACCUUAUGGGAGCCAGCCUGCGCAUGGCAACUUGCCUCGGCUUACAUCGCGAAUACCUUGACGGGGUUACUCCUGCGAACCCCCAAGAUCUGACAGCCUCCAUUGAGAUGCGUCGACGGGUUUGGUGGUGUCAGUUUAAUCUCGAUGCUUGGGUUGGCAGUACUCUUGGGAGACCGAGUAUGGGACGUAUGGGCCCCGCCAUCACUGCGAAGUCACCACAACAGCCUAUUGGCCAAUCCACUCCCGUGCUUACCCUGCUUCAAGACAACAUCCGCUUCUGCAUCAUUAGCACACGCAUGGAGGACGCCUUAGCAGUUUCUCCCAUCAUCCCAGAAGCUGAGCUUGCCGCCUUGGACAACUCGUUUGUUGACUGGUAUAAGUCAUCCUCUGUCCACCCAAACACCCCACGCUCCUACGUCGUCGAGCUGCCCGGCAUCGCCGUCACGAAAGCAGUAAUGCGCUGGCGCUACCUGUUAUCACGCAUUAUCCUUCACCGUCCUGUACUUCUCUGGUACGCAAUGCGGCGCAUGCAAUUCUCCGCCCUUUCUCCAGAAAAGAAAGCUUCUAUCGAGCUCUGCCGCGACAUCGCCUACAAACUCAUCAACGACAUCGCCUCAACGUGGCGGGGACAGAAAGCGUGUCAAAUGAGUGGCUGGAAUGCCACCUGGCUCCUCUAUCAGACAGUGAUGGUACCCCUGCUUAGUUUAUUCUCCGACCCCCACGAUCCCGCAGUUGUGGAAGGAAGUCGUUAUCAAGUCGAGCUGACCUUGAUCGCGUUGACGGAAAUGAGAGGGUGGAGCAUCACAUGUCAUCGAUCAUUCGAGGUUGUCAGUCGCAUCUACGAGGCAAGCAAGCGGUUAAACAGUGACCAGGAUGGAGCUCAGGGAAAUCAGAUAGCAGAUGCUGUAGAACCUGCGGGCUUGUCUCUGCAGAACCUAGGCCCACGACCCAAUUUCGUCGACACCAACUUAUGCAACGCUGGUGGCAACCAGGAGCUUUUCAUGAACCACAUGUUUGACAGUCUCAACUGGAGUCCUGGCUGGGACGACAACGACUACCCUUUCGAAACACCAAGCACUGGUUGGGACUACCACGCAUUGAAUGGGUGGGGCUUGCCGCAGGGCUAUGAUAGUUACUUUGACGCCGGAUUAUUCACUGCACUGCCACUGCCGCAGAGCUUUCAAGAGAUAGAUGGCAACAAUGAGAUCGGGAUCAGUCACAGCCCAGGACCAUGA